AUGAAAGAACCAUUCAAGAAAGUUCAUCUGUGCUCUUUUGGCCACUUCGGUGGAAAUGGUGACAAGAUCCCUCAGUGGGAGGCAUUCAAGAGGAAUGUCGAGGCCGUGCGAAAGGCCAAGCGCCUCAAAGCCAAAAUCGUUUCCUACGACUGGCUCGAGGACUCAUUGAUGUCCAAGAGCCGAGCUCCCAAGCGCGAAGGACCGUAUCUUCUGGAAACCAUACUCAAAAACGAACAGAAAAGGGCCGACGCCAAAGCAAAGGCUCAAAAGGCUUCAAAGCAACAGGCGAAGACCAAGGCGAAACAGACCGUCAAAUCAAAAGACCCUUUUGCGGCUGGUUCUAGGGCUGUUAAGAAAGGCACUGCAACAACCGACUAUCACAUCUAUACAGACAAGGGUGUGACUUACACUGCGACGCUCACUCGUCCGACUAUUCAAGCGACUCGGGAGAAAUACCAGCUCAAGAUCUAUGAACUCGCCAGCGAUCCCAUCACUUACGCCACCCAUGUCAAAUACACGCGCACCGGGAAAUCCAAAAUUGAGCUCAUAGCUCCAAUUGGAAGCACUCUGUCAGUCGCUAUGUCGGCAUUCAAACAAUUUUUCGAGGAACAGACCGGCAAGAGAUGGGAGGAUCGACUGAACGGUCUGGCACCCGAGCGCAAACGAGACAGUGAUGGCAACACUCUUCCAAUAUCCGACGGCUGGUUUUACCAUGAGCAAAAUACUAGCAUCAUUUCUAACUAUCUCCGGGAAGGGCCUCGGGCUGACGAGGCGUCGACAGUGACCGCUUCGGACGACAGUACAGACGACGGUACAGCCGGCGGGGAUGAAGAUGCAGAAUCACAGUCCAUCGGGGAAAUGAUGGCCAUACACGAUGAGAAUUAG